AUGGUUAUUGGCAUGUGCUUUGACACGACAGCUUCCAAUGCUGGAAAACUCAAUGGAGCUUGCACUCUUCUAGAAAAAGCCAUGGGACGUAAUUUAGUAUGGAUGGCUUGCCGUCAUCAUAAGUAUGAAGUGCUGCUUGCCGAUGUAUAUAGUGUUUGUCUUGGAACAUCCACUGGACCAGAAAUUUUAUUCUUCAAAAGGUUUCGUGAAAAAUGGACAGAAAUGAAUCACACACCAGAAGCCAGAUCAACCCCUUUGAUAAUUGUUUCAGAUGCAAUUAAAGCAUUCAUCAAAUGUCAACUUGAGGUCAGACAUUCUCGAGAUGACUAUUUAGAGUUUCUACUUCUUGCUGCACAAAUAGCUGAACUGCAGGUUGAUGUAGCCAUUCGCAAACCUGAUGCACUGCACAGGGCACGAUGGAUGGCAAAAGCCAUCUACGCAUUAAAAAUUGAACUAUUAUUCACCGUAAAUAAAACCAUUUUUAACUUAAACAGCUCGAGAAUUACAAGGCUCACUGCUUAUGCACCUGUGAAUGAUAUUUUGUUGAUACAGCGUUUGCAUGACUAUGACGAUGCAAUUCUUGGUUCGACUGGAUUAAAAAUGAUGCUGCGUCAUUUUUGGUACAUGAGUCCAGAAUUGGCAACUCUUGUUCUUUUUUCAUCUCUUCUGUAUGACAAAGAAAAGACUGAUCUUGUCCGCACAAUACAAGCAGAUCGAGGCCCACAUCUGAUGAAAACACUACCACAAAGUUUUGACAAUUUGCGUGCGUCUAAAACAUUUUUUGAAACAUCUAAUAUUGAUGCCAGUUUUCUUGAUGUACUUGUUGAAAACUGGUCAAAAAUUUGA